GUCAAAAAUUGCAAAUCAUGACAGUUAAUUGACAUCUGACGGUUGACAUACCGGUAUUGCAACUCCCUGUGAUGGCGAACGAAACGCACAAAACGAGUAUUUUGCACGAGAAAUACGCAAGUGGGCCCCACGGUUUAGGGGACCCCGAGGAUCGCUCGUUGCGAAGAGUCGAAAUCGACGUUAUGAUCCCGAAAAAAAUGCGUGAAAUUGCACGAGACGAAAAGUGUACCGACGUUGUUGAAAAAUUCACCGAAUGUUGCAAAAAUAACAGCAUAUUAAUGACUUUUAAAUGUCGCAAAGAGAACGCUGCACUGAAACAAUGUCUCACUCGUUGGUACGAAGACGAAGAUUUCAAAAAUCGAUGCAAGGAAGAGUAUUUAAAUGAAAGGAGUGAAUACAGAAGGACGGGGGUUACCCAAAAACAGAAACAAAGAUUGGCAACUUCAAUGUAACUUUUUUAUUAGAAAAGUAGUAAUAAAUUAAUUUUGGUCGA